CCUUCUGUUUUCUCUUUUUAACUUUUACGCUCUACUCCCUCUAACUCUCUCUCUCCUCCAUUGUAGCGUGUACUCUGAAUCCUCCAUUGAAGCGGUUUCUGAGCUUUCUCUCCUCCAUUGAAGCACCUUCUGAGGAGACAAUUAAGUGAAAAGUGGUGAUGGCAGCACCGGCUUCUUCGUCGUUGAAAGAAUACCUGAAGAAGUAUGAAAGUAAUGCAGCAGAGGAGGAGAAGCAAAAAAAGAAGAAAAAGAAGAAAUCUAAAGCAGUUGCAGUAGCUGCUGGUGUACUUGUUGUGGAUGAAGAUCCUGUAUGGCAAAAGCCGGUUAGUUUUGAUGAAGAGGAAGAGAAUGAUUCCCCUGAUGAGAAGCCACAAGUUGAUGAAGACAUUGAAUUUAAAAGGAUGAAGAGGUUGGAGGAGCUUAGAGCUAGGCGUUCUUACAAUGAAAUUUCUGAAGAUGGCAGUGGCUGGGUUCCAGUUUCUGAUGCUCCUAAGAGCUCAACUACUCAUGAUUUAUCUUCAGAUAUUUCCCCACCUCGUAAUCGAAAAGCUAGGUUUGACACACCUUCUCCUGAGCCUGGCAUGGAUGCUUCAGAUUCAGGUAGAGAAGUUAUUGACCUGUCACCACCACGACAACGUCGCCAACGCAAUGACAGUCCCUCACCAGGACCUGAUGAUUUUGGUAGAGAAAGCUCUGAUCUGUCACCACCUCGACAACGUAAAAAAAAUAAUGAUUUUCCAUCAUCCAAGCAUGUAUCAAAGUCCUUGGCUGCCGGUGAAGAAGUGGAUUUAUCACCACCACGGCAGCGUCGUAGACGUUAUGAUUCUCCCUCACCUGAGCACAGGACCAAGGCUACAGAUGGAAAACAGGACAGUGAUAUGUCCCCUCCGCGUUGGCGGGGACGAGUUCAUGGCUAUCUUUCUCCCAUGCCUCAGAAAAUUUCUUCAGCUACUGGUGUAAGAGAUUCUGGUUUGGAUGAUCUGUCUCCCCCUCGCCGUGAGCGCCCUGGUUCAUCAAAACUAAAUGAUUCACGAGUUUCAGAGGAUCUUUCACCUCCAAGGAAAAUCCAGAAAGGGAUUGAUAAAAGGGGUCGCAGAGCGAAUGGUGCUCAAGAGGAGUCUAUUGAAUCAGACCUGUCUCCUCCUAGAAAAAGCAAACAACAGCAGAAAACAGGCUUGAUUACUGGCAAAGAUGUCAGUACGGAGAUUGAAAAAAUUAAAAAAGAUGAAUGGACGAGAUUCAAUGAGAUGGAUCCUUCUGCAAGUGGACGGGGUGCCGAGCCAGUGUAUCGUUACAAGGGAGAACGCAUAUCAAAGGAUGAAUACUUGAAGUUAACCAAGAAACAAGAGAAGCCCAAGGAGGAGGAGAAGAAGCUGGAAUGGGGCAAGGGCUUGGCUCAAAAACGUGAAGCUGAAGCUAGGCUUCUUGAGAUGGAACUUGAGAAAGAAAAACCAUUUGCACGGUCCAGAGAUGAUCCAGAACUCGAUAGCCUGAUGAAGGAUAGACUUAGGUGGGGUGAUCCAAUGGCACAUUUGGUCAAGGUUAUAAAAAAACAAUCCGACUUGCUCCUUUCAGACUUGGGAGAUAGUGAGAAGAUGAAGGAGUCUGGUUUCAUUAUUCCCCAAGAUAUACCUAGUCACAGCUGGAUCAAAAGGGGACUUGACUAUGAACCUAACAGAUACGGCAUCAAACCUGGGAGACACUGGGAUGGAGUUAAUCGUAGUACUGGAUAUGAAAAGCAAUUGUUCAAAAGAACAAAUGAAAAACGCGCUACUGAGAAAGAAGCCUAUUUGUGGUCUGUUUCAGACAUGUAAAGAUGCAUUACUAUUGGUUCGGUACUUGCCUAGCCUAUCUGGAAAACAAAGGAAAUUGGUAUGGGAGUUUUUGCAAUCUGACUCAGGACUUUUUGAAACCAAUCUUUUUCUCAUAAUUAACUUCUAAGUUUGGAUCCAUUGGUGGAGUUUGAUCAGACGUCUUUCAGAACAAAUAUAUGCUAACCUAGUUUAGAAAGUUGUGAUGUUGCUGAUACAAAUUGUAUUAUUGUAAAAGAAAGUACUCCGUAUUUUUUUCCGAAUGAGAGUUUUUGAUACGGCUUAUGUUGCCAUUCACAUGCGCUAUUGCAUUGACAAACUAUUCAUACUGCAUUGAAUUCUUGGUGAAUAAUUAUACUCUAUAACAUAAUUUAUUAUUAGGAAACAAAAAAAAAAAAAAAAAAAAAAAAAAAAAAAAAGAACGUCAUUAGAAAUUCAUCAUACAUAAACAACAGAAUCAGAUUCAAUAAUGAACAUGUAACAGACUUACAAUGGUAGAACAA